AUGGGCGCCCGAGCAUCCUCCGGCAGCGGGGCCCGGGGGCGGCAGGGAUCUGCAGCCCCGCUGGCAGCCCGCGCCCACAGGUCUCCGCCGGGCUCCCCUCGCCGCCGGCCUUCCCGGGGUCACCGCGGAGAUGCCGCUGCCCCCCGCGCCCCGGCCCCGCCGUGGGGAGGGGCCCCCCACUCCCCGGGGGACGGGGCGGGGUGCUCAGCCCCUUCCCCGAGGAAGGGGACGCAGCGUGGCACCCUCCCUUCCCCGAACUUGCCCUUUACAUCCCGGCUCGCAGUGGAGGUGGGGAGAUGGGACUGGGGCGCUGAGGGGUCUCCAGACUCUCGGAAUUUUCUCCCUUGCUGCCUUUCCCCACUGGGCAGGGGUUUUCCGGGCUGGCUUGUGCGGCGGGACGGGACAGGGCAAACCCGCGUGUCCUGCCGGGGCCAGGGACCGUCCCCACGGCCGGCUGGCGGCAGGAGAGACACGGGGCUGGCCCCGGGCUGGGGUCAGCGGAGCCGUGAGCCCGGGGGUGAACACAGCCGCCUCCCGCCCGUGCCGCCGGGACCCUCAGCAGAGCGCCGGCAGCAAGGGCACAGCUCAGCUGCACCUCGGCGAAGCGAGGCCGCCUGCUUGACAGAAGGGUGCUGAUCAGGAUGUAGAUGGCAUAGGUCAGACUUCACCACCAAGGAGUCAUCCCUGGUAGCUUCCCCACAGAUCUGGGUCUGAGAAGGGAGAACAGCUGGAGGACUGGAGCAGGAGUCCUGAGUAAUGGUUGCACAACCUGUCAUGUCUACUAUUUGUUAAACACCCAUAAUACUCUUGGCACCACGCAGGACCCCAAAUCAUGACAGUCUUUGUUCUAGAUUUCUCUUUUCCUGUACAAACUAAGGGCAAGCAUAGUUGGCAAGACACACAGAAAGACACCAAUAUUUAAGAAAUUACCCAGAACACACACACACAUAUCUGUAAGUAUUUGUGUUUCUGUGUGUGUGUAUUACUAUUCUUUUCCAUACUUCUCAAUCUGA